AUGGCGCCUUUUUCUCUCUUGCUUUGCUUCCUCACCUUUUUCUCUCUCUGCGCUGGUUAUGCUUCUGCUGCCGCGGCUGCUGCUGCACCUCUUGAUGGGGAACUCCCAAAUGGGCACUUUGAAGAAGCACCCAAGCCUUCAAACUUGAAGAAAACAGUGAUCAUUGGGAAGUACUCACUCCCAAAAUGGGAGAUCAGCGGCCUGGUGGAGUACAUCAAAGGUGGGCCCCAGCCAGGUGGCUUCUUCUUCCCUGUGCCACGUGGGGUCCAUGCAGUGAGGCUUGGCAAUGAGGCCUCCAUUUCUCAGGAUGUGGUUGUUACCCAAGGUUCAGUCUACUCACUAACCUUUGGCGCUACAAGGACUUGUUCCCAAGAUGAGGUGCUUAGGAUUUCAAUACCCGGCCAGUCUGCUGACCUCUCCCUUCAAACCCUGUAUAGCAGUGAUGGGGGAGAUACUUAUGCUUGGGCUUUUAGGGCUACUUCCAAGGUUGUUAAGGUGACAUUCCACAACCUUGGGGUUCAGGAGGACCCCACUUGUGGGCCCCUAUUGGAUGCUAUUGCAAUCAAGGAGAUACUUCCUCUCAAGUACAUAAGAGGCACUCUAGUGAAAAAUGGUGGGUUUGAAAGUGGUCCUCAUGUGUUCAAAAACUUCUCAACUGGAAUCCUCCUCCCUCCCAAGGCAAAGGACCAAAUCUCACCAUUGCCUGGAUGGAUCAUUGAAUCCCUGAAGCCUGUGAAAUACAUUGACAAGAAGCACUUCUCAGUUCCUGGGGGACUUGCAGCAAUUGAACUGGUUGCAGGGAGAGAAAGUGCAAUUGCCCAAAUUAUUAGAACCAGUCCAAACAAAUUCUACAACCUUACCUUCACCAUCGGAGACGCGAAGAACGCUUGCCACGGAUCGAUGAUGGUCGAAGCCUUUGCCGGUAAGGAAACCUUAAAAGUUCCUUAUAUGUCUCAAGGCAAAGGUGGGUUCAAAACUGCAAGCUUCAAGUUCCAAGCAACUUCACCAAGAACAAGAAUAACAUUUUACAGUGCCUACUAUCAUACAAAGCUUCAUGACUUUGGUCAUAUGUGUGGACCAGUCUUGGAUAAUGUCAUCGUUCUUCCAGUCUCUGGUCAUUGA